AAGCAAAUGGAUUCGGCACCGCUGGCUACAAAGCUGCAGAACACUCUGAUCCGGUACCACAGCAUCCCAGACAGUGAGUGGCGGCUGGCGAAGAGAACGAAAGAUGCAACUGUGUGGCGUAAACCAUCAGAGGAAUUUAGUGGAUACCUGUAAGUUUGCCUGCAGAGCAGAAACAUUUUCAAGAUUCCACUGGUGCGUUUUAUGGAAUUUAGAAAUGAAGGCUAUGGAUUCUACAGCCCUCAGCUACACAGACUCUGCAGAGGAGAGCCUUAGUGGAUCAUCUGCUGUGCCUCUACAAAGCUCAAGGAGUGCUGGAAGAUGCAACUAACAGAAUAGUGGAUCAUAUUCGCCCUGGACCUUCUAGAUUGGACUGGGACAGCUUAAUGACUACAAUGGACAUCAUGGAAACAUUUCAAGAGAACUGCUGUGUGAUGCGCUACACAACUGCUGGCCAGCUCUGGAACAUCAUUGCACCAAGGGAAUUUGUUGAUUUCUCUUACACUACAAGCUAUGAAGAUGGGCUUCUAACAUGUGGUAUAAGCCUGGACUACGGAGAGGUGAGACCUAACUUUGUCCGUGGAUUCAAUCACCCUUGCGGCUGGUUCUGUGUCCCUCUUAAGGACUAUCCUGGCCAUAGUCUUUUGACAGGCUAUAUUCAGACUGAACUGCGAGGGAUGCUACCACAAUCUGCAGUAGAUACAGCCAUGUCUAGUACCCUGGCCAAUUUCUACUCUGACCUCAAAAAGGCACUGAAAACAUAUUAAAACAGUGACUUACAAGCCCUUGCAUUUCUUGCAAUCAAAUGAUAUUGUUUAGCUUAGCAUAGGUCAGCUACUGAGUUAAGAGGUAAAUAAUAUUGUACCUGAAUGAUACUUUUAUUUUGAGGGAUCCAGACAACUUUACCAAGUACUCUUUGGUGUGAUACUUACUGUACAUUCCUAAUUCAUGGUGUGAGAUUCUGUUUCCUGCUCAGUACUCUGCAGCUGUGUAAGGAGCGAUCUGAAUCUUAUAAACCCAUGACUUCCUAGGUAGAAAAUCCAAGGGGGGGGGGGCGUGAAAAACACAGUGUGAACUCCACUCUCAACAAAAGCAUUGAGAACAGAGUGCUCAGGAUUUUGCCAGUGCAAGUUGCUGUACAGGCAGCAUUUAAUUGAAGGAUGUAAUUUUGUAAUAUAUAUAUUUUUAUAUUUGCUUAAAAUCUUUGAUUUAUUUAGUUUGUACAGGUGCAUCUGUAAUUUGUUUCAAAAAGUUUGCUUUGAUUUAUCAUAGGGAUAUUGCUUAUCUAAGUUGUUAAGUAAUACUAUUCAUAUGAAAGCUAUUUGCUUGUUAGCAAAAAUAAGUAUUCAUUAUUGGCAUUUCUUCAGUGUUGUAAGUGUAACUUAAUUAACUAUUGAAUAUAACAGUCUUAGUGCAUAGAUAAAGAAAUGCUCUUACAGCUGAUCCAAAGCUCAUUCAAGUCAUCAAGUGUCUUUCCAUAGUUUUUAGUGGGCUUUUAAUCACACAGUUGUCAAAAUAGCAAACCUCGAAUGGAUCUUCUGUGUUGCUCUCUACUUCUAAAGAAUUUUUUACUUACAAUUGCAUGGAAGUGUGUGUGUGUGUGCGCGCGCGCCUGUGUUCAGGGGUUUUUUUUGUCUUCCUCAACUGAAAAUCGUGCAAUUACUAUAAAAGACCACUAACUUGCUUCAGAUAUGGUCAUUGGUGUAUCUACAACUGCACUGACCUCCAGUGUGCAGGAGCAGUGCACUGGAGUGUUCUUUCAUAGUACCUCCAGACUGACCUUUGCAAUACAUGGAAGUAGCGUCUUAAAACAUGAGCACUUGAAGGCCAACGCUCAACAUACAGAAUUGCUCAGAUCUGCUGGAGGAUGGAGGGUCAAGUUUGUAAGGAUAUUUAGCCAUCCUGUGAUGCUGACAUUUACAUAGCGGGGGCUUUCAAAGGUUACUGCCUGUGCAAUUAGGAACCUGAAUUCUCUUUAAAACUUGAUAUUAAGCUUUUAAUGUUGUUAUGCAUCAAUUGCUGAGGUGAGAUUGUCAUUACUCCUAUGCUUUACCAGUGCUAGUAGAGGCAGGUUCAGUUCUGUAGUAGUUAGAGUGGGUCUUGGAGUCCUAAUAUUUUGUGGCCAGUUGUAUACAUACAAUCCAAGGACUCAAAAUCAGCUUUCAGGGAAAAAAAAUCAGAUGAAAAUUGUUCCUCUGCAAUAUUGACUCUUUUGACACUGGGCAUUGUAGCUGAACUCUGAACAGUGAGAACUUUUCUGUCUUAUUGUUCAGGCAAAGAGGUAGGAAAAAACCUGACACCAAACAGAGUGAUGGGUCUUCGAAUGUUCUUGGUGUAUUAAGCCAUUUAGUAGUGUUAAGACAGUUAAAAACAGUGGCAUCAAAGAGCCGUUGGUGUCUUCACAGGCAGAAAAUACCAGCUCCCUGAUAGGUUUUGUGUGUUCUGCAGUUCCAUUUAAACUCACUGAUUGCUUUUCCCAUCUUUUCUGUCUUUCUUGUUUCCCCCCCAGUACUGGAAGUUCACAAGGUGAUCUUUCACCACCAAGGACACUGAAAACUGGUGUCAGCAGACACAUUUCUUCCUAAACGCUAGGGUUCACUCCUUUCAGUACUGCUCUGUGGGAUGAAUGCUGACAUGAUUAUAGAGGAAGCUGUGUGAAGUGUACCCUAUUUAUUCUUCACAGUUAUAAAGACUACAUGUAGAAUGAAUCUGCAUGUUCAUGUCUUCUUUCGUAAAAACUGCUGGGACUGACUAAUUGAGGGGUUGUGAUACAGAUACAUACAGAGAAAAAUAUUCCAUUGCUCUGUAAAACCCCUGUUUAAACCACAGAGUCACUUCAGUGCUGGAGAAAUCAGCCAGAAUGAGUACAGGAUACUUACAAGAUUAUAUUUGUACAACACUAGGCACUGCAGAAAAGAUUAAGAGGACCCUGUUCCAAACAACCAUUAUAAAAGCUCUAAUACCUGUAGAGUGGCCGUCCUUAUUUAGUGUUCACUGAAAUGGCUUUUUAUGUUUUCAGUGAAGAUAGGCUGAUGAAGCAAAGAGCAGCUGAAGAAAGAACCAGAAUUUAAAUUGAAGAAAAUUACUAUUGAAUUUUAAGUACGAUGAUGUUUUCAAUAAAAAUUUCCCUGUGCAAGUUUCCUUUUUAUCAAGAGAGUUGUUUUCAGUAACAAGCCUAGAAGUGGAAUGGGAGUAAAGUUCCUGAAAGCAAAUUAGGCCUUGUAUUUUCAUAAAGUCUCACAGAAUUGUUGGGGUCAGAAAGGACCUUAAAAAUCAUCUAGUUCCAGCCUCCCUGAUUAAACUGGCUUUAUGUAUUUUAACAAAUGUAGUUUGCUUCUGCCAAUGAUUCUGAAGACACAAGCGAAUAACAGAGUAGAGACUACUGGAGAAAGAGAAUGGAAGCAGAUUUUUAUUUUUUUUUAUCAGUAAAAAAGCAUAGUACCAUUCUCCAGUUUUCAGGUGAGAAGUCACAGAACGUGCUAACAAAUUUUAAGGAUUUAUUUUGGGGAAUCUUACAUUUCUAAAAAUGUUCUGAUUUAGGAACGCAAUGAUUGACAAUUUGUGCUGAUUAUGCCACUGAAAGUAGUACAUAGCUGAUACCCCUUCAGUCAUUAUUCCAAGCAGUUCAGCUACAGAGUAAUAUAGGAGAUGUCCAGUUUCAUAGUAUAUUGUAUUUAUUUGAACCAAAAACUUAUUUUCUUUUUAUAUAGCUAUACUAGGUAUUGAGAGGAGUGUUGGAUGUUGAAGCAGAGCUAUUCUUUAACCAGAAUACAUUCAAAACCAAGAAAGCCAAAAAAUCGAGUACUUACCUGAUCAGAACCUCUUUUCCCACCAUGGCAUUGUUUUCCUCCUAAGUUAGUGGACAAUCUAGAUGGAACAAAAACAGGAAAGCAGUUGAAAGAACGAAGUGCAGGAGCCCGUGUUUUGCUUAUUAAGAGGAAUGGGAGACAAAUUAACUGGUAUAGAUUUCUGUCAUCCUCACAGCAGUUUACUUGAGUUUAGGAGUGUUUCAGUUAAACCAGAAUAUAAUAAUCCAAAAGUGACUUCCAAAUGAGGUACCCAAGGAGAGCAGAGACAAGUUUUUGCUAGGAAAAUAACAUGUAUGUAGACAUAUCAAAAUUAUUUCUAUAUGACUAGUAUUUAUUUUAAGCUUACUUUUUCAGUGGCUUAGGCAAUAUGACAGUUGUUCUGUGUGUGGAUGGGAAACAUGGCUGAAGAUCAGACAGUUUUCAUGUUUGGCUCUGUUCCUCAUCUAAAACCUCCGGUACGUGGAGGUGGACUUGGACUCUAGAUAGAUUCUUUGGGAAUAGCACAAGCGCUGAUCUCAAAUUUGAUGAACUGAUAAAUGUGAACCAUGGAAAAUUUAUAAAGCAUUAAAAGAGUGUAUAAUUCCUCUAGUAAUCACAAAUAAUCUUUUUAUUUGUGAUUACUAGAGGAAUCACAAAUAAAAUCUUUCUAUUUUGAUGGUAUGAGGUGGGGAUUCAACCUGAGAUGUCACUGCUGUAAAAAUAGCCAUAAUUCUAGUGAAACCAGUGGAGUUGUGCCUAUGUUCAGAACGUCAAAAUCAGUCUGUUUUAACUGGUUUUAACUAUGUUCAUCACUUAAGAGAUUGUAUUUUUAUUUUGAAUGCAAUUGCAGAAAAAAAUAAAACAUGCAUUGCAACAGUC